GAGUGGUUGGAAGCGAGUAUGGCGGCCCCGGGGGCCGCAGCUACAGACCUAGAGGUGGUUCGAGGCAAGCGCGCCGCCCUUUUCUUCGCCGCGGUGGUCAUCGUGCUGGGGCUGCCGCUCUGGUGGAAGACCACGGAGACCUACCGGGCCCCAUUGCCUUACUCCCAGAUCAGUGGGCUGAAUUCCCUGCAGCUCCGGCUCAUGGUGCCGGUCACUGUCGUGUUUACCCAGGAAUCAGUGCCAUUGGACGACCAGGAAAAGCUGCCCUUCACCGUUGUGCAUGAGAGAGAGAUCCCUCUGAAGUACAAAUUGAAAAUCAAAUGCCGUUUCCAGAAGGCCUAUCGGAGGGCUUUGGAUCAUGAGGAGGAAGCCCUGUCAUUGGGCAGUAUACAAGAGGCAGAAACCAUGUUUGCUGAGCCAUCGGAGCAAGCAGAGGGCUCCCUGACAGUGUACGUGAUCUCUGAACACUCCUCACUUCUCCCUCAGGACAUGAUGAGCUACAUUGGGCCCAAGAGGAUGGCAGUUGUGCGGGGGAUAAUGCACCGGGAGGCCUUUAACAUCAUUGGCCGCCGUGUAAUCCAAGUAGCCCAGGCCAUGUCUUUGACUGAGGACGUGCUUGCUGCAGCCUUGGCUGACCACCUCCCAGAGGACAAGUGGAGCUCUGAUAAGAGGCGGCCUCUCAAGUCCAGCUUGGGCUAUGAAAUCACCUUCAGUUUACUCAACCCUGACCCCAAGUCCCAUGACGUCCACUGGGACAUCGAGGGGGCUGUCCGGCGCUAUGUGCAGCCCUUCCUGAAUGCCCUCAGAGCUGUGGGCAACUUCUCUGUGGACUCUCAGAUCCUUUACUACGCAGUAUUGGGGGUAAACCCCCGCUUUGACCCAGCUUCCUCCAGCUAUUAUUUGGCCGCACACAGCCUCCCCCAUGUCAUCAACCCAGUGGAGUCCCGGCUGGGUGAGUUCCUGACGAUGAGGGUCUUUCUGCCAGGCCGGGGAAGGACCCUGAAGGCUCAGCCUGGAGUGGGAGGAUCCAGCGCUGCCUCCCUUUACCCGGUGCUCAACUUUCUACUCUAUGUUCCUGAGCUUGCCCACUCCCCCCUGUACAUUCAGGACAAGGAUGGGGCUCCAGUGGCCACCAACGCCUUCCACAGCCCCCGCUGGGGUGGCAUUAUGGUAUACAAUGUGGACCCCAAAGCCUACAAUGGCUCGGAGCUGCCGGUGAGAGUCAAGGUGGACAUGGUGCGGGUGAUGGAGGUGUUCCUGGCUCAGUUGCGGCUGCUCUUUGGGAUUGCUCAGCCCCAGUUGCCUCCAAAAUGCCUGUUUUCAGGGCCUAAGAGUGAAGGGAUAAUGAGCUGGGAGCUGGACCGGCUGCUCUGGGCUCGGUCAGUGGAGAACCUGGCCACAGCUACCACCACUCUCACUUCCCUGGCCCAGCUUCUGGGCAAGAUCAGCAACAUUGUCAUCAAGGACGAUGUGGCAUCUGAGGUGUACAGGGCCGUAGCUGCAGUCCAGAAGGCAGCGGAGGAGUUGGCCUCUGGGCACCUGGCCUCUGCCUUCGUUGCCAGCCAGGAAGCUGUGACAUCCUCAGAGCGUGCCUUUUUUGAUCCCUCGCUCCUCCACCUCCUCUAUUUCCCUGAUGACCAGAAGUUUGCCAUCUACAUCCCACUCUUCCUGCCUAUGGCUGUGCCCAUCCUCUUGUCCCUGUUCAAGAUCUUCCUGGAGACUCGCAAGUCCUGGAAAAAGCCUGAGAAGAUAGACUGAGCAGGGCAGCAUCACAGUAGGAAGCCUUCCUUUCCAGCCAGGAGGGGAGGUGUUAGAUUGAGAGGCACAUAAUGGGGCCUGCCACAAAUGACUUGUCUCCAGCCUGCUCUGUUGCUACUCCAGCAGUCAAAGUAUAACACUCCUUCCCGUUCUUCUGACUCAGGUCCCUCCCACUCUUCAUCCCCCCACCCCCCACCCCCCUAUCCUCAAAAGACACAUCAUCUGGGCCUCCUUACCCGGCCUGAACUUGAAGGCCCUUUUCUGUCUCCCUCUGGAGCAGGGGCAGCUUGUGCUUCUGCCCUGUUCCUCACAGUCCUCUUGCACUGAGAGGGAGCAUUAGGGGAAAGCCCUGGGUUGGAUUCUAGGGCCCUUCCCUCCACGCUUCUCUCUAACCCCUCAGGGAGAGCCCUAGCACUGCUCUCGUAGAAGGGGCCAAGCACCUGUCACCUCUGGGACCUUCUCCUUGACUCCCCUCCCUCCUGGCUGGCUGUACCUGUUGUGUGCAGCCUGAUGCUGGGUGUGGCAGAGGUUCCCUUCACCCUUUCAUAGAGGCAGUGUGGUGAGCGGGGAAAGUUCUGGACUUGGGAUUAAACAUGCCUGAAUUCAAACCCUUGCUUCUGUACUUAUCAUCUGGGGAGCUUUGAACAAGCCACUUAAUCCUCUCUGAGCCUUAGUUUUUCAUUUGUUAAAAUAGUACUAAUGAUACCUCCCCUACAAGGUGGUUGUGAGGAUUAAAUGUGAUGAGCAUGUGAUAGUAUCUGGUAUAUUCUGGGCUCUCGAGAAACAUUGGUUGAAUGUGAAUUGGAA